AUGCCAACUUCAAUUCCAGUCUUCCUUCUCAAAACGCGAUCCUCUCCAACAGACGCAUAUGAGGAUCUCUUCGCCUCAUCAACAUCCCCGAAUGGCGAACCCUUCUCCCCAUCCUUUGUCCCCGUACUUGAACACCGCUUCGAUGAUACCGGACUUGCCCAAGUACGCUCAUUGCUCAAACUGCGUGCCAUCGGUAACUGUCAAGAAUGUGCCUACGGCGGGCUCAUUUUCACCUCACAGCGUGCUGUUGAGGCGUUCGCCUUGCUAGUUGCUGAGAAGAAAACGGCUGGCGUAGGAGGUGACAAUGGGAACAACCCUCAGAAUGAACAAGUCUCGUGGCCCGAUCUUGAGGAUAUUCCCGUGUACAGCGUGGGCCCGGCGACAACCCGUGCGUUGCGUGCUAUCCCGCUAAAUCCUCCGCUCCAAGUCAUUGGAGAGCACACCGGCGCAGCCGAUGAGCUGGCUCCCUUUAUCAUCGAGGAUUACAGUAAAAGGUAUGCGGACCGUGAAAAGAAGCCGCCCCUUCUUUUCCUCGUUGGCGAGAAGCAUCGCGACGUCAUCCCGCGCGUGCUGCGGGAACAAGCCGGCUGGCGUGUCGACGAGGUGGUGGUUUACGGCACGGCAGAGUUGGCAUCGUUUCGGGAGGACUUUGCGCAGCGCCUAGGUGAGACGGUUAAUUUUCCGGUCCGGUGGGUGGUCGUUUUCUCGCCAAGCGGGUGCGAAGCCAUGUUGGCCGCGCUGGGGUUCCUUGAUGAAAAAACGGGGAGGGCAAAACCGAAGUCAAACCUGGAUGAGAAGACAACUACGAGUACAUUUAUUGCUACAAUUGGGAAAACCACAAAAGCACACCUGGUGACGAAGUUUGGUUAUGAGCCGGAGGUGUGCGCUGAGCAGCCAACGCCGAAGGCAAUAUUAGAAGGGAUUAUGAGGUUCAUGGCGGCUCUACCACAAUCUUCGAGCAGAACUUGA